ACAAUGAGUCCUCUGCAGCAUGUGAAUCCCAGAGUGAGGGGGAUCAGAGUUUCAUCCCACAGUUCACUGCAGAAUCUGGCUGCACACAUCACACAAGAGAUCACACAGGGGGCGCAGAAAUCCUUCAAAGUGGUGCUUGAUGUCGCCUCAUGUGAUCCUCGCCAAGCAGGAAUGAAGCCCAUCUCAUUUGUUCAGCAGGUCUUGGCAGCAUGUCUGUAUCCUCAGCUGCUGAAAGACCAAAGUCUCCCUCUGGAUGUGAGGCUGAGGGCUCAGAGUCUCCUGGAGGUCUGUGAUGGAGAGAGUGUGGGUUCCUAUACUGCGUCCUCUGGCCUGCCUCAUGUCAGGCAAAGCAUCGCUGAGUUCAUCAGGAGACGGGAUGCUGGAGUGCCUUCAUACGCCAAAGACGUCUUCAUUUCUGGUGGUUCUCAAAGGGCCUUGAUGGUUAUUGUGAAGCUGCUGGCCCGUGAGGAGGGGGAGACUCGGACAGGUGUGCUGAUCCCCGUGCCCUGCCCUCACACACUGCCCAUGCUGCUGGAUGAGGCUGGGGUGACACUGGUGCCCUACAGGCUGAUUGAGGAGGGGGGCUGGGCUGUAGACCUGGACCAGCUGCACCAAGCGCUGAAGACCGCUAGGGGGCACUGUGAGCCCAGAGCUAUUUACAUUAGCAACCCAGGAAACCCCACAGGUCAUGUGCAGGACAGGAAAUCAAUCAAGGAAAUAAUUCAGUUUGCUGCAGCUGAGAGACUCUUACUAUUGGUUGAUGAGGUGUACCAGGACAGUGUGUACGGGCAGGACAGAGAGUUUAUUUCCUAUAAGAAAGUCCUGUUUGAGAUGGACAAAGCGUACUCAGAGACAGUGGAGUUGGUCUCCUUCCAUUCCUUAUCCAGUGCCUGCAUGGGAGAGUGUGGUCUGAGGGCAGGAUUCAUGGAGGUGGUCAACAUGGACCCAGAGGUGAUGCAUUAUGUUGAUACCAUGCUGUGUAGUGACAUCAGUACUCCAGUCACAGGACAGCUCACUCUGGAUCUCAUGGUCAACCCGCCGACAGCUGGAGACCCUUCCUACGACGCAUAUGCACAGGAGAUUCUCCACAGUUGGGCCACGUUGUCCCAGAAUGCUCAGCGGGCUUGGCAGUUCUUGAACGGUCUACCAGGGAUGAGCUGUCAGCCAGCGAUGGGUGGAGUCUACCUUUAUCCCAGUCUGCAUUUACCACCUGAGAUUAUAGAGCAGGCCAAGAUAUUCAAGGUGGAGGCAGAUGUUCUGUACUGUCAGAGGCUACUGCAGGAAGAAGGUGUGUUUGUAGGGGCUGGUUCUCAGCAUGGUGAAGAAACUGACAGACAUCAUCUGAGGUUGUGUGUCCUUGUUCCAUCUGACACUCUGGAGGAGGUCCUGGCUCGACUUGGUUCUUUCCACCAUCGUCUCGUGGACAGAUUUGCUCGCUCUAACAAAGGUGUGAGGGGCAGAGACAAGUGGCAAAACACUGUGACCGAACAUGUUGUCCCCUGUUGA